AUGACCAAGCUAAGUCCUCGGAGGCAAUUGCCUUACAUGCAGGCAAGGACAAAUCCCGUCACGCCGACGCAGAUGGAAGAGUUCAAGGCUGCGUUGAUGGGGGUUUUCGACGACUCUCGUACCACGCAGGUAGCUGCUGAGCCAGUGAAGCCCAUUCUUCAAUGUUCGCGAGAGAUCAAGGAUCCCACGCAUGUCUCGGUAGUCGAAGUUCCUUGCUCCGUGAGAAGCGAUAUUGACGCCAUGGCCCUCGAGCCGCCUAUUUCUACUGGAGAGUUUGCCGACCAUCAUCUGGAUGAAUAUCGCAACUUCUCCUUCACCCUCAUGCAGUUUUCUACUUCGCCUGAUGCAAAAUUGAAGAAAUCAUCCUUCAAGUCCGAUUCCCAAAAGGCUUGCCAUCUCAAGGCUGCGGGUGACAGAUCUGUCAGACGAAGCACUACAGAGCGAGAGAUACAUCAACCUCAAUGCAACUACGUGCUGUGUCAUAUCGGUCGUCACUACGUAUGUACAAAGAAAAUAUCACCAACCCAGAAAUUUGUCAAGAUGGUUACCUGGGAACUUUCUCUCACGGAGAAGAACCGCGAAGACUACCUAAAAGCGCUCGAGGAGUUUCUGGAUCGUUCGACUACGACCAGGCAUGCCUUCCAUUCGGGGCUUGACUGGUAUCGAUCCACGCGAGCUAUCAACAACCCCAAUCGUGCGUGGGAUGUCAACGAUGCUCGGCGACCAGAAGAGCAGCAAUCUCAGAUCGACGCUGAGAUUCCUCGGCGGCUAGCGAUCGCUUGCUGUGUGCAAGCGAAGAUUCGUUCCAUACCUGAUGAAGGUACUAUUUACCUAGAGGAGCUGCCUGGUUGGACGGAGGACGAGCUUCGCAACUUCUCUCUCAACAUGAUGCAGUUUGCUCUUUUCUUCUGCGUCAGCUUUUCGCAGUUGGAACAACGGCUGGAUGAUUAUGAAGUAACAUGGUGGUGUCAACAAAUGAAGGCUGUCGAGCCUGCACUAUGCCACUUCGAGCUACAUUGGAUGCCAAGACGUAUGGUGGAAGAGCUAGCGAAGCAUACCACCGAUUCCAGUGAGGGCCUCUGCUACAACAAGAUGAAACUCGAUUCCGAGGAAGAGAAAGAAUUGGUGACGGCUACACUGAGCGACAUCUUCACGAACAAAGACCUCACAGGCCAUGAACCUACAGGCAAAGAUUCGCCUGGCACGGAUGAUACCUCUCCCAAGGAGACCAAACCGAUUAUGUGGGAUUCUUCGGGCCGGCCAGUCGAGUCUGGCCACGUUUUUACCUUCCGAGCUGCCACCGCAGAUAUGAAGAAGACCGAGGCGAUGAUUCGGAGUCAGUGGCUGAUGAUCAAGCUGGCCGCCUUGUCUGCCGCCGCCGAGUCCGUGAACAUUCUGGACAGAAGACCGCCCUUCGGCCCCAUAUCUCCAAUUUGGCAGAGGAACUCUCAGGGCGAAUUUACGGAGAGCACCACAACCGUCGAGACUGCAGAGACUCAAGUGGACAAGCCGACGUCUCUUACCAAGAUGCAGAUUCUCACAGACGAAUGGCUCGAAGCGGCUCAAGCGGAAAAGCUGGCGACUCUGACCGAGACGGAGAUGAUCACAUCCGCCAUGCCCGAAGAGGCUCAAGCGGAGAAGCUGGCGAUUCCGACCGAGACGAAGAAUCCCGGGCCCAAAGAGACCCGCCAGGAAUUGUCGACGACCGUCGCUGAGACGGAGACUCCGUCACAUGAAGGCCCUGCGGCCCCAACGCGGACCAAGCGAGCCAAGGAACACGUCAAGACGCUCGCCCACAGGGCCAUGUCCAUGGUGAGCAUGCGGUCCAGCGCGCAACACGAGAAGCAACCGGCCAAGACGGGAAGGAGGCCUGCAGGCAAUGGAGGCGGGAGGACAGAUAGAGUCCAAGGCCAAGGUGCCAGAGCGAGUCUCCAGUCUUGCCACUGGGCAGCCCCGCAGGCGAAAGAAAGGCAUCGGGUCUUGUGGGCAGGAUGCGUGUGGCAUCGAGCGAGCUGCACAAGCUUGCGGACCGAACCAAGUCUGUCAUGA